GAGCCAAGUGCCAGGUCGCGAGAGCUUCACACUGCAGCUCUGUCCGGCCAGCGGCAGAGGAGGGGAUGUCCUAUUAACUUCACCAAAAACUUUCUAGAAAAACUCAGUCAACAGCAAAACACUGACUGACUGACAAAAGUGUCGUAACUCGCCUAACUCCCGCUUUAAUGAAACUUUAACUACUUUAUGUCUUUUUAUUUUUCUUUUUAAAACUAAAACAGAGGCACUGCCUACACAUCCACUCUGAUAAGUCUUGAAUGAGCCGGGUCACGCUUGCGUAGAGAGUUUUUUUUUCCACCUUUAUUUUAAUUUCACGUUGGGAUAAAGUUUUUCUUUAUCAUUUAAGACUCGUGAUGGCUGUCCUGUCACUAGCGUUACUACUUGUAGGAUUUGUGUUGACUUCAGCUGCCAAGGCUGGUGAAGUAGAUAGAGAGGACCAGCUGAGGAGCCGCCUGAGGGAAUAUGGCCUGGUCACUCCCAUCAGCACCGACUCUCAUGGACACUACCUGUCACACCUGCUCUCGGCCACUCACAAACAGCGCGUCAAGAGGGAGGUGUUUUCUACUGGUGAAGGUGACCAGAAACUUUUCUUCAACAUCACCGCCUUCGGGAAGGAGUUCCACCUCCGUCUGCGACCAAACAACAGGCUGGUGGCCCCAGGUGCGAUGGUGGAGUGGCACGACGAGGUUCAAGGAUUCGGGAAUGUCAGCGUAAGCAUGGGUGACGAUGCCAGCUCAGGCGCCAACCAGACCGAAGCCAACAACGGGACCGAGAGGAUACUGCGACGUGAGCUGCUAAAGACGGACUGCACCUUUAUCGGUGACAUCUCAGACGUCCCUGGGGCCUCGGUUGCUAUUAACAACUGCGACGGAUUGGCUGGGAUGAUCCGCACCGACUCAGACGAGUACUUCAUCGAGCCGCUGGAGAGAGACACUCAGGAGCUGGAGGACCAGGGCAGGGUCCAUGUGGUCUACCGCAGGUCGGCUCUGCUGCAGGCUCCCUCCGACAUUUCUGUGGACUAUCAGCUGCAAGAACCAGAGCUGGAUGUACCCGGGACUCUUGACUCUGUGGCCCGGCAGGUCAACGAAACAGUCCGCCGCCGUCGCCGCAGAGAUGCCGGGGAAGAUGACUACAAUAUUGAAAUCCUGCUGGGGGUUGAUGACUCUGUGGUUCGCUUUCAUGGCAAGGAGCACGUGCAGAACUACCUACUCACUCUCAUGAAUAUCGUGAAUGAGAUUUACCACGACGAGUCACUGGGAGUCCACAUCAACGUGGUCCUGGUGAGGAUGAUCAUGCUGGGUUAUGCCAAGUCCAUCAGCCUCAUUGAAAGAGGUAACCCAUCACGGAGCUUGGAGAAUGUAUGCCGCUGGGCGUUUGUGCAGCAGAAAGGCGACCCUGACCACGCUGAACACCACGACCACGCAAUUUUCCUCACUCGCCAAGGCUUCGGCCCCACGGGGAUGCAGGGUUAUGCUCCAGUUACGGGAAUGUGCCACCCUGUCCGGAGCUGCACCCUCAACCAUGAAGACGGCUUCUCCUCAGCCUUCGUCGUGGCUCACGAGACCGGACAUGUGUUGGGCAUGGAGCACGACGGCCAAGGCAACCGCUGCGGGGAUGAAACGACGAUGGGCAGCGUGAUGGCUCCUCUGGUGCAGGCGGCUUUCCAUCGAUACCACUGGUCCAUGUGCAGCGGACAGGAGCUGAAGAGAUACAUCCACACAUAUGACUGUCUCCUGGACGACCCCUUCAAACACGACUGGCCACAACUUCCUGAACUUCCCGGCAUCAACUACUCGAUGGACGAGCAGUGUCGAUUUGACUUCGGAGUGGGUUAUAAGAUCUGCACCUCAUUUCGCACAUUUGAUCCGUGUAAACAGCUGUGGUGCAGUCACCCGGACAACCCUUACUUCUGCAAAACCAAGAAGGGCCCACCUCUCGAUGGGACGGAGUGUGCUCCUGGAAAAUGGUGCUACAAAGGUCACUGCAUGUGGAAAAACCCUAAUCAGGUCAAGCAAGAUGGCGCCUGGGGCUCCUGGAGCAAAUAUGGCUCCUGCUCUCGGUCCUGUGGAACUGGAGUUCGCUUCCGGACACGUCAGUGCAACAACCCAGCGCCCUCCAACGGCGGCCAGGACUGCCCAGGAGUAAACUACGAGUAUCAGCUGUGCAACACUGACGACUGCCCGAAGCAUUUUGAAGACUUCCGAGCCCAGCAGUGCCAGCUCCGCAACUCCCACUUUGAAUUCCAAAAUGCCAAACACCAUUGGCUGCCAUACGAGCAUCCUGACAGCAACAAGAGGUGCCACUUGUACUGCCAGUCGAGGGAAACAGGAGAUGUGGCGUACAUGAAGCAGCUGGUGCAUGAUGGGACACGAUGCUCCUACAAGGAUGCCUACAGUAUCUGCGUGCGUGGAGAAUGUGUGAAAGUCGGCUGCGACAGAGAGAUCGGCUCCAACAAAGUCGAGGACAAAUGUGGGGUUUGUGGUGGAGACAACUCCCACUGCCGCACUGUCAAAGGAACCUUCACCAAAACACCAAAGAAAGCUGGUUACCUUAAGAUGUUUCUCAUUCCUCCUGGAGCUAGACAUGUGAUCAUCCAAGAACAUGAGGCCUCCCCUCAAAUUCUUGCAAUCAAGAACCAAGCAACAGGACAUUACAUUCUCAACGGAAAAGGAGAGGAGGUGAAGUCCAGGAGCUUCAUCGACUUGGGCGUGGAGUGGCACUACAUCAUCGAGGAGGAUGUGGAGACUCUGCACACGGACGGACCUCUGCAUGACCCCGUGGUGGUUCUGAUUAUACCCAAGGACAAUGAAACACGGUCUACUUUAAUGUACAAGUACAUCAUCCAUGAAGAUUCUGUGCCUGUCAACAACAACAACGUCAUCCAGGAGGACACGUACGAGUGGGCUCUGAAGAGCUGGUCUCCGUGUUCCAAACCCUGUGCCGGAGGGUUCCAGUACACCAAGUACGGGUGUAGAAAGAAAGGAGACACUAAGAUGGUCCAUCGAGGCUACUGCGACACCAACAAGAAGCCAAAACCCAUCCGCAGAAUGUGUAACCUUCAGGACUGCACGCAGCCUCAAUGGGUCUCAGAGGAAUGGGAGUAUUGCACCAAAACCUGCAGCAACCUGGGCUUUCAGAUCCGGACCGUUCGCUGCGUGCAGUUGCUCCACGACGGCACCAACCGCUCUGUCCACAGCAAAUACUGCAGCGGCGAGAAGCCAGAUAGCCGGAGGCCCUGUAACAGAGUCCCGUGUCCUGCUCAGUGGAGGACCGGAGCCUGGUCGGAGUGCUCUGUGACCUGUGGAGAGGGGAUGGAGAGGCGUCUGGUCACUUGCCGGAUUGGAGAUCAGUGUAACGGAGAAAAACCUGAGACUGUGAGACCAUGCAGACCUGGACCCUGCCAUGAUGAGCCAUGCAACGGGGACAAAUCCAUCUUCUGCCAAAUGGAGGUCCUAGCACGAUACUGCUCUAUUCCAGGCUACAACAAACUGUGCUGCGAUUCCUGCAGCAAGCGCAGCGGAGCUCUGUCUUUGUUCUCCGAGGCGGCGGAGACAGAGGAGCACGUCCGCUUUGGAUCAGCCACCCAGCUGCUGGAGACAUUAACGGCUUCUGUAGCAGCCAACGGUACUCACGGCGGUAAACAAGGCUCGGGCAGGGGAUCUGUCACAUCAGGCAGCGCUGCCAGACGCACCACCACACCUGCUCCGCUCAAGAAAACCCAAUCAAAGAUCACUACGCCACCGAGACGGGUUCCACGACACAUGGGUCUCACUGGCAGGAAGCUGCCCGCCAUGGCACCAUCUCCCCUGGCAGAUCCCACUGAGGGUCAGAGGUCAAGCAGCUCGACAGAUAGUCGGUGGCCCACAGAAUAUUCUGAAGUGGAGAGAUGAAAGUGACACCCUUCCCUUCAGGACUCUUUAUGUACAGUAGAUAACCCAGCUUCACCCUGAGUCUUCUCAUGCCAAAAACACCACAGAGAGAGAAACAGAGAGAGAGAGAGAGAUUAAAGUGCUGGCUCACUUUGUUGUUUGAAUUUCCCUUUUUGCCCCUGACGCUGACUUUACAUAUCACUUCAACAUCUCACAGUGAGCUCCCACAGUAUUUGGACUGAACCAGCUGCGUUACUUUGCUUUCAUACUUUUUAUUCAGGCAAAAAAAAUGCUACAAUAAUUUAAAGGUAAAGGGGCACAUGGUCUGAAGGGAAUUUUCAUCCGUGUCAAAUGAAAAGCUAAAUGAAACACAGCUUUGGUAGUUCAUAGUGAAUCAUUUCAGGGAUACAAAAUAGCCAAAGGACAGUUUGAUAUACAGAAGACUCCAAAUUCUUAACAUCUCUGUGGAUAUUACAAAGAAAUGGAUUCUUAAUUCGAGUCUGGCUCUUGACUUUUUGACCCAGUGAGUCUUGAAGCGUUCUUUAAUGUCACCUACAGACCGAGGUGACGGGUGUCGGAAGGUGUUGGCAUUUCCUCUCUGACUGUUCUUUUCCCUGGUCUUGUCAUUUAAUGAAUCAGGCCCCCAGGUGUCUGCAGAGUGGUGCAGCAGGUCCUCCAGCAAACACUCAGCAGACGGUGAGAGAGGAAAUGUCAACAGGUGCAGUCAUUGCAGCUGAUUCAAUUUGGGAAAAUGUAUGCAGACUGGCACAAGUAGAGCUCACACAGUACAGAAAUAGAUACAGGAAUUAGUGCAGAAAUACACUGAGUGCACUUGUCUUCAUGUAAGAAGUCACAACACAACUUGAGUAGCCCAUAGUUACAUUCGCCAUCUUAAGGUAAAUAUUAGGUGUAAUGCUAUUAACAACAUUGCAUACCUUUGUUUACGUGACAUGCGACAAUGCUGCCAUGUUGUAUCGCUAAAUCAUAACCUUGAGCUGGAUGGGAGGUUUAGUUUGCUAUAAUUUCUAAGUUAAUGAUAACGGGAAAAAAGUUUUAAAGAUCUAAAACAGAUCAUCUGAUACAGCUGAAAAUCCCCUUUUACUUGAAUGUUACAAACUGCCAUUUUCUUGCCAAAAAACAUGUAUAUGUAAAGUACUGUCCCAGUACUUGUGGGGUCACUGCAUAUACAAAAUCAAACACCGGACUUUGAGUGCGUUUGGAAAGUGACCAGAGAUGGACCAGUGAAAACCAUUAGUAAAAUGGUUGUAGUUGUAUAGUUGUUUUUUUAUAUCCAGCAAUGUCUGUUGAGUGGCGCUCUGCAGUUUCUAUGGAAAUGGGUAUUUAUAAAGGUUCCUGUAAAUACUGUACAUGAAAAUAUCAGUAUUAUUUUAAAAAGCUAAGGAUACUUUCAAACACCCUUUUUAAUCAAUUAGAGUCACAAAGAUUUUUCCAAAUGUUUUCCUUUCCAGUAGCAGUGUUGUUAACACUGUCCACUCUGAAUUCUGCUAAAUUUACUGACGGCAGAUAGAACACUUUAAAGGAAUAGGUGAACAUCUUGGAAAAUACGCUCAUUAACUUUCUUGUCAAGAGUUAGAUGAGAAGAUUGAAACCACUCUCAUGUCUGUACGCUAAAUAUGAAGCUACGAGCAGUCAGUUUAGCUUAGCAUACAGACUGGAAACAGAGAAAUAGCUAGUCUAGUAAAGCACACAUUAAUAUGUUAUAUCUUACUUGUGUAUUCAUUCAAAAACCAAAGUGUAAAAAUGUAGCUUCAUAUUUAGCAUACCAAUAUGAGAAAAUUUGCAAGAAAGUGAAUAGGCAUAUUUCCAAACUGUUCCUUUAAGAGGUAUCUUAUACACGCUGAUUCAUUCCAGCCUUUACCUUUUUCUAAACGAGAAGUUUGUAUGGUGCUAACCAUUGACCUUUUUGACUCCUUGUAUUGCCCUCCUUGUGAAAGUUCUUGCUCAGAAAGGUUGAAACUGUCGGGUCAAAGAAGGGAACAAAGAAAGGGAACACAUUUGUCAAGUGUUCUCAGUGCUAUAUGUUUCUUACAGUAGGCUCUUGUUCAGCUGAGAAAUUCACAAUGCAUCUAAAAUGUGUCAUGACCAUGGAAAACACUCAUCCUGAAAUGAAAAGCUAUAUUAUUCUCUAUAGUCACAUACACUAACACACCUAAAGCUGCAUUAAGCAAUUUUUGACCACUAGGGGGCAUCCUCUACAACAAACUCUCAGUAAUACAGCUCUGAAAUCACAUUUCUGUCCACCUGAUGAAUGUAUCUCAAAUAUCUGCUCUCUUUUUAGCUUAAGAGUUGGUCUUCACCAAUGACUGUAUGUAAAGAUGGACGACGCAGCUUCACUUCCUCCCACUGUGCAAUAAUGGCGCCAAAAUAUCCUGAUUACGAGUGCUGCCAUUUUGCGUUGGUUGCUGUGAUAUCAAUGCCCCGCCGUUAUACCCACCUGUCCAAUCAUGACUCAGUUAUAGCUGUCAAUCAUGAUGUCACACCCUGUUUUUAUAGCAUCAAAUAACAAAUUAAAACCAACAGACAUCAGUGUGAUAAGAGCUAUCUAAAAUGACAGACACCAUCUUUGGAAAAAUGUAUUUGAUGUAUACUUCAUUGCUAACAUGGAGGGGGCGGGGUUUAUGACCUAUACUGCAGCCAGCCACCAGGGGGCUAUUGCGAUGUUUUGGUUUUUCUUUAGGAAGCUGUCAUGUCCUCCAUCUUUUUAUACUGUCAUUGGUCUCCACCAACUCCUCAGAAAAGUAUCUGGCUCUCUAGCUGCUAGAUUAUCCACUGUAUUCACCAGCUACUUGUUUAUUUCACAUUUUAAAAAGCCAAUUCUCAGUGGAUUCAGUAGUUUUCACAUUACACGUCAGGAUUUGGUUCAAUUUAAAUAUCAAAAAUGUGCUUAAUGGAGCUUUAAGCUUAUUACAACCUUCAGUCUGAACAAGGUUCUGUUGUACGUUUUGUGUUUGCAGGAACAAAGCCUCAUUGUAGACACAAGAAGCUGGACUUUCAAAAGAGUUCUACUGUAUGUGAAACAUGUUUUCUUUUUUUUUUUCAAAGUAUUUCCUAAAUGGCUUUUUUAUGGUGGAUGAAGGUUCAGGAGAGAGAAAGCUAUUUAUUAUUAUUAAAAAAAAAAGGAUUUCCUCACAACCACAAUGCAUCUGACUGCAAUAGCAAAAGACACAGUUUUGUGUUUUCAGCAAAGAAAUAGCUCGCAACUAUUCACACUCACUCCUGUGUGCCAAUGUAUAGUACAUGUAUAUAGCAUUGAGUACAUGAAUAUUUAUUGAAAGUUAAAGGAUUCUGCUUUGUUUUUACAGCAUGUGCGGUGCCAGCUGAUCAAUAAGCUGCAACAGAUAAACCAUUGAAAACUGAUCACCCUUUUUUUCAUCCACAUUUCCAAGUUUUAACUGGAUUUCUAUUUUUAAAUCUUAAAAAAAAAUACAAUAGAUUAGAAAUGACAUUGUUUUUUGCAAACAAUUAGAUGUAAAUAUACAUGCUCAAUUUUGAGAUGUUUUACCUUUUGUCAGAAAGCUGUCUUUUCACAGCUGUUUUGUAGAAGUUGUUAACAGAGCUGUUACAUCGCAGCAACAUGUACUGACCAGAAAAAUGCUUUAUUUUAACCAAUAAAAUAGUGUAGUACCAGUAAACCAGUAAAGUUGUUUUUUAUGCUGUUUGUAGUUGUCAGUAUUGUCUAACCAUUUUACAUUUUCCUCCCCAGUUCUUUUCACAUCCUUUACUUGCUGCCUAUAAAACAUUGCUGCUAAUGUUAUAGAGAGCUUGUAAUGAAAAAUAGGGUAGUUGUAGUUGUUACAUUGACAAUCCCUGAGCCUCAGACAGAUAUUACUGCAUAGGAUUCUCCAUGUACUGUAUCAAUACCCCUGUGCUAUCCAUGCAUUGACGAAUUACGAUUGUCAUGACUGUUAGUCACUCUGCGCUAUUCGCUUUUCUAUGUAUUUGUGUAGAUUGAAGUGUACACUACUGAUACUGUUUGUUGUAAUGGGGAGCACAUAGCAAUAAAAGAUAUGAUUAACUA